CACUAUCUACCAUACUAAUCAACCAUUUAUAAGUAAAGAGCCUAGUUGGCUCAGUAGAUCGAGUUGAGCCAUGAAAACGGAGAGCAGAAACAAUGGUGGAGCCACCGGAGACGGUGAUCGGGAAAAGUGGGUGCAUGAUUCUUCGGUGGAUCACAAAGGGCGAGUCCCUCUCCGGGCUUCCACUGGUGUCUGGAAAGCUUCUUUCUUCAUCAUAACAAUUGAGUUUGCUGAAAGACUUAGCUUCUUUGGGAUUGCAUCAAAUCUGAUCACAUACCUGACCAAAGUUAUGCACCAGAACCUCAAAACAGCUGCUAAGAAUGCAAACUACUGGUCAGGAGUCACUGCAAUUAUGCCUAUGGUGGGAGGAUUCCUUGCAGAUUCCUACACCGGCCGCUUCUUCAUGAUCAUGUUUUCUUCCAUCCUAUACCUUAUGGGGUUGAGUCUUCUGACAAUGUCUCAGUUCAUCCCGAGCCUCAAAGCAUGUGGUGUGCCAAAAUGUCAAGCCCCAAGAAGGGUUCAUGAGGUCACAUUCAACCUCGCGAUUUAUCUCAUUUCUCUAGCGACCGGGGGGUUCAAGCCAUGCCUGGAAAGCUUUGGAGCUGAUCAGUUUGAUGAUGAUCACCCGGAGGAGAGGAAGCAGAAGAUGUCUUUCUUCAACUGGUGGAAUGUUUCACUCUGCUGUGGGCUGCUGUUUGGUGUCACUCUGAUUGCUUAUGUAGAAGAUUAUGUUGCCUGGGGAGUUGCUGCUGUCAUUCUCACUGCAAUUAUGGGGGUUUCAACCCUAGUUUUGUACUUUGGAAGGCCAUUUUUCAGGUACAGAGUUUCAGUGGGCAGUCCCUUAACACCAUUGUUUCAGGUUCUUGUUGCAGCCAUUGCAAAGAGGAAUUUGGAUCAUCCUUCAAAACCCGAGCUGUUGUAUGAAGUUCCGAAAUCAAAAUCCAGGCUUCUCUGUCACACAAACAACCUCAGAUUUCUUGACAAAGCUGCAAUCAUUGAAGACCAUGAUGUUCAAGCUGGUAAACUGGAGGGUCCAUGGAGACUGGCAACAGUUACUCAGGUGGAGGAAGCCAAACUUGUCCUCAACAUGGUUCCUAUCUGGCUGGCUUCCUUAAUGUUGGGAGUGUGCAUGUCUUUUGGCUCGACUUUCUUUGUCAAGCAAAGCGCUACAAUGUACAGGCGCAUAGGCCAUUUCGAAAUCCCUCCAGCAAGCGUUUUCGCACUCUCAGCCAUCGGGCUGUUGUUAUCUGUCAUUGCAUAUGAGAAAAUCCUAGUACCUGUACUAAGAAAACAGACAGGGAAUGAAAGAGGCAUCAGCAUUCUCCAGAGGAUUGGCAUCGGCCUGGCUCUCAACAUUCUAGGCAUCGCUGUUGCAGCAAUGGUAGAAAGGAAGAGGCUAAGUAUUGCAGAGAGAGAAAAUUUUCAUCAACCUACUUCCAUGAGUGUCUUCUGGCUAACACCUCAGUACAUGAUUCUUGCUGUAGGCGACGGAUUCAGCCUCGUCGGCCUGCAAGAGUUCUUCUACCACCAAGUUCCUGAUUCAAUGAGGAGUUUAGGAUUGGCGUUUUACCUUAGUGUGCUUGGAGUCGGAAGCUUCCUGAGUAGCUUCCUAAUAACCAUUGUUGAUCGCAUAACUACAAAGAAUGGGGGUAGCUGGUUUGGCGUAGAUUUGAACCACAGCCGCACGGACAAAUUCUACUGGUUGAUCACAGCCAUGGCUGCACUGGAUCUCUGCAUAUAUGUGCUUCUGGCAAAGAGAUACACAUACAAGAAUGUCCUGCAGGGAGCUGUGGAGGAAGGAGAUCAUCAUGACCCUGAAAUGACAGAUUCAGAAGCAUGAGAGUUGUGUUUGUGUUAGGUCAAAAAGGCUGUAAUAACUGCAAGCUUAGUUUCCUAGAUAAUUAAUCAAACUGAAAAGAAUUAUAACCGUCCCUUUUAUCCUUCAAA